AUGCGCUCUACCUCCUCGUGGUGGCAUUUGGGCAACGCCCUUCGGGCGGCGAAUAAAUGCAAUUGGCGAGGUGCCCCUCGGCAUUCCCCCGCCUCGACUGACGGUGACCAAAUAAGUUUUCUUGUAGAUCGUGAUGGUGAUUCCCUUCGUUGGAGUUGUGCUGUUUGCUCUCGCGCUUUUGAGCGUUCAGCCGGACUCUCUGCCCAUAUGUACCAAAAACAUCCUAAUCAGUGGAACGAGUUAAAGAAACGGCGCGACGCCUCAUAUCGCUCGCAUGCCCGCACCUACGUUCGAUGGACGAGAGAAGACCUCAAGCGUAUGGCUGCGUUAGAGCGCGAGGCGUUUUCCCUAAACGUGCAUAACAUCAAUACGUAUAUCGGAUCCUGCAUGCCACGUAGCAGUAAUCAAGUUGGCUGCAGGCGACGUAGGAAGGACUAUCGAGACCUUCUGAAAUCGCUUGAGAACCCCGCCCCUUGUCCCGGCCCUGAUAGUGUUCAGUCCCAAGUGGUUCUCGGCGACCUGCCCCCUUCUGGAUCUCCACCGGCCCGUCCGGUUGUCCCGUUGAAGAGGACUUGCCGCAUUUGGUCUGGCCCCGAGAUUAAAGUUCUUACCUCUGCGCCACGUGGUACAACUGAUGCUGACUUGGCCCCCCUCCUUCCUGGCCUCUCUAUCUCUGCCAUACGUUCGAAGAGGCGUCGACUUCCUGUAGUCGUCUCUCAGGUUGGUAGUGCGGUUGCUCCACCUCAGGACACCGUGGAUGAGGAGCCGGAUACGGCGGUAGCUCAGCCGGACGAUAACGUACAGCAGGAUAACGCUCUUGGUUUUGUUGAGUAUAUCACCAGCCUUUUACCUUUGAUUUCUGAUACGGCUAUUCGGAACAAGGCCGAGCAGGCCCUCAACGAUCCCGACGGCUUUUCCUUGCUAUAUUAUGAAGUAUUCCCCAAGAACAGGACCGUUAACAAACGUUCAAAGCCGACCGUGAAAGCAGGAAUCCGCCGACGUCGCUUGCAACGUUCGGCCGUCUAUAAUUUCCUGCAGAGGCUCCACACCAAAAGUCCGAAAUCGGUUGCCGAGAGGGUCGUCGACAGGGAUCUCUCUUAUGAGGGUCUCGUUGCCGAGCGAUCUUUCUCCGAUGAGGAUUUUAUGCGUAAGAGGAAACCAGGUCCGCCUCCCUCCAGGGGUAAAGCCGGUAAUAUUUUCACCUCCCGGGUGACUUUCAUCAAGAAGGUGGAAGUACCCGGUGAUCCCCUGGAAUUUCGACCAAUUGCCAUUGGGAACUAUUUUGUGCGAGUGUUCCACCGAGUCCUGGGGAAUCGCCUCGAAACAUCCCUGCCCAACCAUAAAGACCAGGCUCUCCUUGGCAUUUUGCGGCGGAAUGGGGUUCCUGACCUCCUUCUGGAUUACUUUCGUUUGUACUUCAACUCUAGUAGAUUGCAGAUCGAGAGGGAUCUGAUUCAACCGGCCCAUCGUGGGGUCAAGCAAGAAGAUCCGUUAUCCCCUUGGCUGUUUCAGAUCGCGAUGGAUCAGAUUCUAGAGGAGCAGGAGGAGUAUGCCUUUUCUAUCGGUGCUUUAGUGUUGAAUCAAAUGGCUUAUGCCGAUGAUCUCAUACUAUUCGCCAGCUCCCCUGACGAGAUGCAGAAGCGGAUUGAUCGGCCUCUUGUCGGUCUCGACACAUCGGUGUCUAUUAAGGUGAAUGGCGUAACCCUCCCGGUUGUGACUGCCGAGUCUGAAUUUGACUAUCUCGGAGUACGGUUCAACUGGAGGGGUGUCGCUCGGACCCUACUUGGUCUGGAUCUGCUCUUGACCAGGCUUGAUCGAGCUGCAUUAAAACCGCAGCAAAAACUUAACUUCCUUAAGAAAUUCUUGCUUCCGCGUUUGCAUCACAGCCUUGUAUUCGGCCGCCAUCAUAGGGCUGAGUUGGUGAGGGGGGAUAAAAAGAUUCGUCGGGCGGUAUGUAUUUGGCUUCGGCUGCCUGCGGACUGUCCCAAUUCCGCCAUUCACUCUCCGGCGAGAUUUGGUGGUUUGGGGGUUUCUUCUCUCGAAAUGCUCGUUUCCACGCUGAAGGACAAGCGCCUAAGCCGGUUUUCCGAGGAGUACGCAGUGGAUGCCCCCGUUGCAUCCAACCCUUCAGUCCGCUACUUAAUGACAUACAGAUUCAGCAACGCUAUCAAUUGCACCCGCGAAGGCCUGGUUGAAGACCUACUUAGUAGGCUGGGGCAUCGUUGA